UUUAUUACAACUAAAUUCCUUGAGUUUUAUUGUGUGUAAAGCAAGAAAAACAAAAUGUCUUAUUAUGCUUUUUAGCAUCUAAAUAAAGGCCAGUCAAAAUCCUUGUCUACAAAUCCACAGAUGCUUUUAUUUACAUAGCUAUUUUUAUUUAAUUGAAUUGAAAAAUAAAAUUUGAAAACUUAAAGUACAAGUCUUUAUAAAAUGUUAAACCUGUUGAAAGAUGUAUCUUCCUUGUUCAUUGGUGAAUGAACUACACGAUCAAUACGCUGGCAAACAGAGACCAAGUGAAUAAAGAAAUUCGGAUUUACACAUGUUAAUGAUAUAUUAUUUUUAAGACAUUUAAAUCUAUGAAGUAGAGUGGUUGAAUAUUGCGUUUAUGGAGAAUAAGUACGAAAACACUUCGUCUCCUCGCAGAGACAAAUACAAAGAGGAAUUCAAUAAAUCAGUAAACGUAUUGGGAAAAGACAACUAUAGACACUAUAAUGAGUCAGAAAUGAACAUCGAGGAAUCGGAUGGAAAACGACUAUAUAACAUGAGUACAGAUGUGUCAUAUGAGAAAUUAACGUCUAUAGUGGAUGUUAGCAAUGUGUAUGAUACCAUACAUAGCGAUGAUGUAGACAAUAAGGAACAAGAAGCAAACAAGGAGAAACACUAUGCACAUGAUGCAUAUAAAACGGAUUUGAAAUCUGACAAUCUGAAAUGUUCAACAGGAAUAGAAAGGAGAAUGGUAACAUUGGCUGGAAAUCUAGCGAGCAACAGUAAUACAUGUACAGAUAUCACGUAUGAAACCUUAGCGUCAACGAAUGAUACUUCAAAUGAAUAUGACAAAAUUCAAAGUGGAAUUGAAGAUCACGCUCUCGAUAGACACAGUUCAGAAGAAAAUACGAAAGUUUAUACGAAUAUGAUCUUAAAUGCAACUGACUUAAAUCUAACAGAAAGCAAUCCUGAUACCGCUAAAUCAUUAGAAGUGUGGACAAAGACAGAAUCUCCGAAAGCUUUAACCAGCGAAUAUGAAAGUCUAACAUUGCAAAAUCUGAGUCAUCAAGACGAAUAUAAAACAAUAAACGGAGUUGACAGGGAAAAGAUUAGAACUGCAUUUACGUCUCGGAAAACCAGACUGAUCUGCAUUUUUCUUGUAAUUGCAAUUCUUGUAAUUACAACUGUAAUAGUCACAUUGGUUUUCACUGUCUUUAAACAUGUUAAAGAUGAGAAUGUUGAAAAAUGUGUAUCGUUUAUUGCUCCAGAAAAUGGGUUUAUAGACGAUAAAAACGAAAAGGGUUCCUUAGCCGUGGGUACAAAAAUAACUAUCUCCUGCAGGGAGGGAUAUUUUGUUGACGGAAAUGAUACAGUUGUAUGUUAUCUUAACAGAACUUGGUCAGAAUCUCCAGCAUGUAAAAUAAGGGACUGUGGAAUUCCAUCAGACAUAAAAAAUGGUUAUAUAGAUGAUUUAGAGAAUACAACAGUUAACAGUACAUUCACUGUCAAAUGUGACGAAGGGUACAUUGCAGAGGGCGUUGAAACAGUCUCGUGUGACAUGAAUGGGACAUGGAGUGAACUACCAAACUGUAGACCUGUGUCUUGUGGGAUUCCUCAAGUGUUAGAUAAUGAAACUGUUAUCGUGACCAACGUGACUACAUUUGGAGCAACUGCCAACUUUCGAUGUAUUGAAGGAUUCUCGCUAACCAGCGCCUCGUUUGCAACCUGUUUAAGUAAUGGCAGUUGGACACAGAUUCCUUCAUGUUUCAAAAUAGGAGCAGCAUGCGAAGAGGCAGAGGUACUGCAUGACCUUGUACGAAGAUCUAGAAUAUACCAAGCUGAUGGUGUACAGGGUAGUGACCCGUUUGUCGAUGACGAAUACCUGUCCCCAAAUUGGUACAGCGUAAUUUUUAACGGGAAACAAUAUGUAAUGCCAGAUGUAAAUACUAUGCCACAGUACAACUUUUGUGGAACUGAGAACCCGAUUUAUCUUAAGGAUCCCAUUCCAGACGUAGGAACUUUGGCUGUUACUAUGACAGUUUGUGAAAAGACUUCUUCGAGCGACUGCCGGAAUAUGCACACUAUUGCUGUUAGAAAAUGUAGAAAUGAUAACAUCCAGUAUUACCUAUCUAGAACAAGUAGAAAGUCUGCAUAUUGUUUCGAUCCGCCAGAUAUAAAGAAUAUUACAGCGUUUGAGGCAGCACCUACUGACGCCACCAUAGGAACUCUAACUGUAUAUCCAGAACUAAAGUUUAGAGUAGACAACGGUUACGAAAUUCCUUAUCUACAAUUUGAAUGCAGAGAAAACCCUCAAGUUGACAGAUCAGCUGACCAGAACUUGUAUUCAACAUAUUGGUUCGUCGAUUCAGCGUUAAUGAAGGCAUAUGAAAGGCAAAGCAGUUUUGAGAUAAUCGACGAAAAGGACGUAAUGGACAGUGGGUAUCAACUCGAUGUUACGAUUCAAUGCGGAAUUCGUGUUUCAACGUCAAUUACUGGUUUUCAAACUGAAAUGAAAUCUAGUGCAAGUUUCUUCGCUGGAGUUGAAAUUGACCCACUUGUUAUCAACAUGAACAAAGACGAUACAGCAACCAUUACACUUCGACCAACUGUCCCGUUUGGUUGUUACGCUGCUGUCGGUGAAACACCAACUGGCAGAUGCUUUCACACUGUAAAUAUGCAUUAUGCAGACUUGUCAAAUAUUCAAUGUGAAGUUGGCGUAACAGACACUGGAUCCGUGCCUGUGGUCAAAUAUCAAGGAUCAAAAUGUGGUGUAGAACUAGAGGGAUUUUACCCGUACCAAGCCAGAGCCAGCUCUACACUAGUGAUGGACUCUGUUUCUAUGGACCUUACAUCACCAUACUUCUCAGACUCAGAUCCCACAGAGUAUAAGCUUAGCUUGAAAACAAAAAACGGCGGCACUCAUAAAAUAUGGAAAAAUGUAUAUUUGGCUCAAGUUCAGCUGAAUAUUAUAACACAAAAUAAAUACCAGAAGAAAAUGUGUUAUGUGCAUGUUGACCUACAUAUGAAGACAUCUGAUGGACGGGCAUAUGAAAAUAAUGAUUAUGCUGGCUACUUUAUUCUGUAUGAGCAUGACACUGGCAUACAGGUACAAAUGAAAACAGUCGCCUGUAAUAACGACCGAGCUUAUUGCGCAUGCGCUGUUGCGGUACGAGCAGGAGGCGAUGUUUUUUUGAUCAAUAUAUGUGGAGGUUUGAGGUUUAUAGAUAUGACGUCAUGCAAAGAUGGGGGAGCUCUGGUUGUUCAAAAAUAUAGCGAACUUAAAUAUCAGGUGCAAACUAAUAUAGGAACUUUGGUGAAGAUAAAUAUUUUGUCUGGAAAUUAUAAAAACCUACUGAAUAUUGACAUAUACAUGGCACCCAAAGAUUACAACAGAAUCAAGGGAUUGUGUGGCACAUUUGAUGGUGACACAAAUAAUGAUUUCCACGACAGGAGUGGAACACAAGUUGGCAGGACCUCAUUUUUGCAAGCUUGGGAAAUAUCAAGUUCGGAUAUCAAUUUGCUUGAACCAAGCUGUAGUGUUAACGUUGAAACGUGGACAGGAAGUGGGCAGCUUUUAUACUGUAACUGCAACUGCUUUAAUGACGGUCAGUGUGAAACACUUGAAGAAACGGCGACUUGUUCUCCAUCGCAGUAUAUUAACUGCACUGUCAGUCUUUCUAAAACUAGUGAUUUGUGUCAAGAUUACGAAACAAGAUGUAGCAUACAGAGCACUGCGAGACGUUCUUCAUUCUAUACAGAUCCUGAAGCUGAAAUGAAACGAAGGGCAGCACUGGCCGGACAACCCCAUAAAUUCAUCGGAAAGCGACAAACAGAUGAGUCAGACCUUAUAACAGAAGAAAUGGCAAGGACCUAUUGUACUAACAAUAUUACAACAGAAACAAUUGAAAAGAAUCAACACCUGCUUGGCGGAUUUAAUAUUUCACAGGCAAUUGAAGAGUGCACAUGGGAUGUCCACACUGGGCAAGAUCUUGGAUGGAUUGCUACACACAAACAAGCAGCAGAUUCAGCUAUUGAAAUCGGUUACAAAAGAGAUGCGAAUUACACACUAUCUCACAUUGAGGAAUUGAAGGAGUUCAAAAUGCAGUUGUGUCCUUUCAAUUGCAACGGGAAUGGUGUUUGCCAGGAAAAUGGUACAUGUACGUGUGACAGUUUAUAUUUUGGUCCUGAUUGUGAAAGUAAUAAAUCUAAUGGGCCAGUCAUAGAAGAUAUUGAAGGAGGCGGAUUCUGUGAUCAGCGUUUUGGAAGUGAAUGUAGAUGUUUUUCUGUACAGACAGAAGCACUGGCAGAGUCCUUUCAAUGCAAGAUGGUUAGACAAAAGAAAAUGUUGAGUGGGAAUACGCUAACAAUUGGAUUGGAUUCAACAGAGGGCAGAUAUAGAAAUCUUUACAAUGGUGAAUGCUGCUUUGCUGAAGGAAGACGGAAGCGCUCGAGCGACACAGACACAGGUGUACUGCAUUACUUGUAUGACAUAUCAAUCAGUAACGAUGGCAUGAACUUCGGUCCGGUCACGAUUGUUUACGUUUUUGAUUCGUUGUGCCUGAAUAAAGAUACAGACAGUGAUGGGAACGUGCAAUUUACAGUUAAGGCUGACACUUGCCUAAUAGAUGGCUACUGCUACGUACAAAAUGACGUGAAUAUAAGUAACGUUUGCUUCAAGUGUGAUCCCAGUAAUUCUCAAUACAACUGGACUCAAGGCUGCAUUUCAUCCCCAAAUGAAGAUAAAAGGAUCUUAAGUGCUCCUACUAUAGCUGGUAUUGUUAUUGGAGUGUUUGUUGGAAUCAUCAUUCUAACAACGAUAGUGGUCGUUGGUUUUAAAAAAGGAUGCAAGAAAAGUGCAGUCAAUAUAUCUAUGGAAUUUUCAUCAGGACCAGUCGUAUCGCGAGAACCUAGUAGAAUGUCUUUUAACAUCGACAACCUUACUUAUGCGCAAACAUAUUAGUUCAUACCAAAGUCCUUUCGAAUUGGAUACGCUGAGAAUAACCAAGAGGUUCACUUUUGACUUUUUCACUAUGCAGCUCAUCUUAGUAUGCAGUAUUAACAAAAAAGUUACAACACAAAUUUGCAAAUAAGGUUGUUAGAUUUUUAUUCGACCUUCCUCGGAGAACCAGUGUAACAUGUAAAGAACUCGAUACUUAGAAUCGAUGACAGAGCCGGACAACUUACUUAGCCACGCGUUCUAUCUGUUUAAUGGCAAAGCCCUGAAAUACUUAUAUAACAACUUUACUAGAGUAUCUACAGUUGACACUAGGACCAGGUCUAGAUUAUGUUACUUUAUUGUUCCUGAAAUAACAAGUUUUUAAUAAGGAACUUUCUAUUUCAAUUCUUUUGUUGUUGUAUAAUCAAUUUGGAUAUAUUCAUAUACUUUUUAAAUAGGUAUGAUAUUUAAACAUAAAAGUAACAGUUGAAAUGGCCAGUUAUCACUUUAGUCAAAUCUUAAGAAUCAAUGCACAUGCGCCUGUGGGGAUUGUCCGCACCGCUAUGUGUUGCUUCAUAUAUAAUGUGAGUUUUGUUUAAAACAUCUUUCUAAAAAAUUGGUGAAAACAUCUUUUUAAAACAAAUCAAUUUCUAAGAUACACAAAUAUAAAUGAUAUCAUGAAUUGAUUAGGUUCCAAAAGAAAUAUUGAUGCCAAGAACCUCAAUAGAAAUAAGUACUUGUACUUUAUUGGGCUAUCCCAGGUAUACGUGAUCACUACUAUAUAUCUCUGUAAAGACUUUUGUGCAAUUCAGUUACUGUGAACAUUUUCUUUAGAACAUGUAAAUGUUCAUGUAACUGCUAUGUUUUAGUUACCUUUUUGUUUUAUGUAAUUUGGUCAUAUACCUGAAUAAAAUUGAAUUGAAUUGAAAUCAUUGUAUUUCAAACUUGAUGAAAGGUUUAAUAACAAAUAAGAGUUGGUUGGCUUUAUGUAAUGCAUUAGUAAUUUGCAUUUAGAUUUCAAGAUACUUCCUACUUAUCUAGUUUGAAUACUGAACAUAAAGAAUAAGUAAUGUGUGUUAAACCGUGCUCUUGUUUUAAGUGUGAGCAAGAAUAAAUGACAAUCAUGACUACAGUGAAUAUCACAGACAAUCUUUAAUAUAACGGAAGCGACUCUUUGCUUUAGAACUUUAUUCUGACAAAUAUAAAUAGUUAUUUGAAAUAACAAUUUCAUAAUCUAAACAUUUUAUAUGGCAAUGUGUACAUUUAUAAGACUUAUUGAAGUAUCUGUUUGUGUAUAUAUUCAGUAUUUAUUUGUUUUGUUUGAACGUAAUUAAAAGCAACA